GCGCUCACAGGAGCAGCGUGACCCGGCGGCCCCGGGGGUGCUGGCACCAGGAGCCGACACUCGCCGUGCGCUCCCCCGCGCCUGGCUUCCCUGGACUGUCGCCAGCCCUACUCCUGAGGUGGUGAGGGCGGGGCGGAACGCAGCCUCUUCUGGCCUGAGGAGGAGUCACUUGGGAGGUCACUAGGCUGCUGGGCUGGCUGCUGUCACAAGCGGGGCGUGCCCUGGCUCCGCUCGCCACUCUCCGGCGCGCACCCCGGCUCACGGCGCACACUGGCGCUCCCGGACUGAACCCUGAGCCGCCGCCGUGGCAGCCGAAUUUGGGAGUAUCUCCUUGUCACUGCAACCAGAAAGCCCCUCGAUCCCCCAUCAGAGAGGUUACAUGAGCCCCGAGGUGACCUGCCCGUUGAGGGGCCACCGGCCUCGCUUCCACCCGAGGACCUGGGUUGAGCCCGUGGUGGCCUCGUCCCAGAUGGCUGCCUCCCUGUACGACGCAGGGCUACUCCUCGUGGUGAAGGCGUCCUACGGAACCGGAGGCUCCUCCAACCACAGCGCCAGCCCGUCGCCCCGGGGGGCUCUAGAGGACCAACAGCAGAGAGCCAUCUCCAAUUUCUACAUCAUCUACAACCUCGUGGCGGGCCUGUCGCCCCUGCUGUUCGCCUACGGGCUGGGAUGGCUCAGCGACCGCUACCACCGCAAGAUCUCCAUCUGCAUGUCGCUGCUGGGCUUCCUGCUCUCCCGCCUCGGGCUGCUGCUCAAGGUGUUGCUGGACUGGCCAGUGGAGGUGCUGUACGGGGCGGCGGCGCUGAACGGGCUGUUCGGCGGCUUCUCCGCCUUCUGGUCCGGGGUCAUGGCGCUGGGAUCGCUGGGCUCCUCCGAGGGCCGCCGCUCCUUGCGCCUCAUCCUUAUUGACCUGAUCCUGGGCUUGGCGGGGUUCUGCGGGAGCAUGGCUUCCGGGCAUCUCUUCAAGCAGAUGGCUGGGCACUCUGGGCAGGGCCUGAUACUGACGGCCUGCAGCGUGAGCUGUGCCUCGUUUGCUCUGCUCUACAGCCUUUUGGUGCUAAAGGUCCCUGAGUCGGUGGCCAAACCCAGCCAGGAGCUCCCCCCCGCGGAUACCGUGUCUGGCACAGUAGGCACAUACCGCACCCUGGAUCCUGAUCAGUUGGACAAACAGUGUGCAGUGGGUCACCCUCCAUCUCCUGGAAAAGCAAAACCCCAUAAAACCACCAUUGCCCUGCUCUUUGUGGGUGCUAUCAUAUAUGACCUGGCGGUGGUGGGCACAGUGGACGUGAUCCCUCUUUUUGUGCUGAGGGAGCCUCUCAGUUGGAACCAAGUGCAGGUGGGCUAUGGUAUGGCUUCAGGGUACACCAUCUUCAUCACCAGCUUCCUGGGUGUCCUGGUCUUCUCCCGCUGCUUCCGGGACACCACCAUGAUCAUGAUUGGGAUGGUGUCCUUUGGGUCAGGAGCCCUCCUCUUGGCUUUUGUGAAAGAGACAAACAUGUUCUAUAUUGCUCGAGCCGUCAUGCUGUUUGCUCUCAUCCCCGUCACAACCAUCCGAUCAGCUAUGUCCAAACUCAUAAAGGGCUCCUCUUAUGGAAAGGUGUUUGUCAUACUGCAGCUGUCCUUGGCUCUGACUGGCGUGGUGACAUCGACCUUGUACAACAAGAUCUAUCAGCUCACCAUGGACAUAUUUGUGGGCUCCUGCUUUGCUCUCUCCUCCUUUCUCUCCUUCCUGGCCAUCAUCCCAAUUAGCAUCGUGGCCUAUAAACAAGUCCCAUGGUCACCAUAUGGAGACAUCACAGAGAAAUGAAGAUGCUUACCUGCAGGAGCUGAAAACACCAGCCAUGGCCAGACCCCCAGAAGACAAAAGAAGGGACCGGGGAACUGGUGACCAAAGCAACCCACUGCUUAAGAAACCCACGUUCCAGGCAGAGUUGGCCUCAGUAUGACCUGCUUUGGCUCAGGGAUCCCUGGUGGAUGGGGAAAAGCAUUUUCCUGGUGAUGGAAAAACGUUCUUAGCUUUAAGAUACUCCUGUUAGGCAGAGAUUGGGUUCUGUGACAGCAGAACAUGAACUUAAGGGUUAUAGGCAGGCUGCAUACAGCAGUCCCAGGCCCUGUGAGGGGUUUCAGACUCCAGCUACAGCGAGCCUGCCCCUUUUCUUCAAGGGAUUGUCUUGAGGGCUCCAAGGUAUAGCUAACUAGUCACUAGGAUGCUGUGCUGAAAGUCCCAUGGGAGAACUCAAAGCGUGCAUUAUCACAGCCUGAGAGGAAUGUGGAAGGAAUGUUUUGUAAGAACUAUCAACAGUUUUGCAUGAACAAUGUCUUUUAAAUUAAAAUAAAACCUUGAAAAAAGCCAGCUUUCUUUCCUGAGUCUUCCUUGGCUACAAACACUCAGGAGGGGGAUGGAGCUCAGACCCUUGUCUUCUGGGUAGUUUUGUUAUUACUGUUGCUUUUAAGAAGCAAAUGUCACAAGGCUUUCUUCAAUGGGAUAUUCAAUUGAGUACUUCCAGUCAACAGUGCUUCCCAAAGUGGGUGGUGUGAAGAACGAGGAGAUACAUUAAGAGCUGUUUUAUUUGAGGUACUCAUUUUUAUAACCUCAUUUACUUGGAUUUAUAAAAGCAGACUCACCUAAUAAAAUCAACAUUCAUUGUA